CUUUCCGGGUAGCGUUAGGUUGUCAUAGCUCUUAGCUUGCAUGCAAAAGUUAUCGUGAAGUACAGUCCCUCAUUGGCGUUUUUAACAGCAUAUGCUCGAGGAACACAUGACAAGGGAACCAUGAAGGAUGGGAAAGAUCCAAAUGACACCAAAUGGUUGAUUUAUUAAAAAGAGCUGAGACUAAGAUAUUCAAAAACAGAAUGUCAACAACACGGCCCCUCCUCGGUAUGAAGCGAAUCACCGAGGUAACCUGUUCGGAACCGCGGGGAAAUGGGCUGUCAUCCUGCGCUAGCCACCAACAGCGAGAGACCGUGGACGAGUUUACGGUCCAUGAAGACAAGCAACAAGAGCUUAAAUGUGCCAAGGCCAGAGUAGAAAAGGUUUUUAAGGUAGCUUUCACUAUUAUCGGCCUCUUGGAUCACACUGGAGCCCACGGUAGUAAAGCAUCACGGCAGAUCUGGCUUCAGCUAAAAGGAAAGAGUGACGAUGUAUCGAAAGCAAAGGAGUACCUGAAGGGACUGUGUGAUCCUGAACUGCAGGAAGAUGAGCGAUACCCUGUAGACAUGCAUUGCAUCUUUGCCGGCGCCCGCGGCCUAUUCUUGGACCGCCUAUUGAGAGACACCAGCGCAGAGGUUCUGGUUUUGGAGCCGGGCCUGCUGCGGCUGGUAGGCCGGGCCGAGCCUGUUGUCAUGGCGCAGAGCCGCGUGCAGCAGUUUGUGGCCCUAUUCCAGGAGAAGCGAAGUCUGCCCGGCGACAGGGAGCCUGCGGUGAAGAGAACCUUCAAGGCGUUUGUGGAGGAGAGAGACGACAAGUACACCAUGGAGCUCCUGCUGCUGCCCAGUGCUCUGAAGGAGGAGCUGCUGGGACUGGCCAGCAGCCCCACGCAGACCCCUCCCCAGACGCACAGCCCCAUCCCUGGGGGGGCCGACCCGGACCAGGACCGUUCGCAGAACAGCACGCCCGUCACGGAACUCUCGAACCGCAUCCUGGACACCAGCUUUGACGAGAGCCCCCAGGCGGGGGCAGUGGCCACGGGGAGGGGUGGGACUGAGGCUGAGGGGAGGAGGGGCGCCAGGAGCGGGGCAGGCUCCGGCUCGGGGCUGGACACGGUCUUCUUGAAUGGACGGCCCUCCCACAAGCGUCGCUCGUCCGAGAGCGAGCUGAGAGACACUAAGAGGCAGUACUCCCUGGAGAGGAGGGAGGAGUCCCUGGAGAGGGAGAGGCGGGCCGGGGGUCACGGCGGCCAGGACGGCCGGUCUAAGACGCCUGCCGCCCCUUCGUCCACCGGCAGGGCCAGCUGCAGCCCCCUGGGCCCCCCUAUCAUGCUGGACAGUGACGUGUCGGACGAGGGCGAGGCAGUGAGCCCCGAGACCAACCUGCGUUGUCUGGUCAACUUCUUCCGGACCAUGGGCUACCAGCAGGAGGUGGUGGAGCGCGUGGUGCGGAGGACUGGCCAGACGGAGGACACCUUCCUGCUGCUGGAGCGCAUCGUGGAGGAGAGCCGGAGGGCGGAGACCCAGGGUGGGGCGAGAGACAGGGCGGCGGACAGGGGAGGCGGGGGGGCCUCGCCGCGCAUUACAGAGACAUCCUUCGCGCCCUCCUCCACCCCUUUCUCCUCGACGCUCCCGAGCAGCAGGGAGAAGGAGCGGGGCCCAUCCAGGAGCCUGGCAGAUGCCCGUGCCAAGGAGAACAUCAAGCCCCUGGGCGGCAGCUGCAGUAACGGCGUGGCCCAGCAGGGGCAGAGUUGCGCCGUGCGGAGCAGCAGUGCCCAGGGCCGAGCCAACGAUGUCAUCACCAUCGACGACGAUGAUGCGGGCGACGAGGACAUGCCCAAGAUGGUGGACCACCUCAACAACCAAUCCGGGUCCAGGAUGGACUACCCGUCUAGGAGUGGAAGCCAGCUGGACUACCUAUCGCGGGGCGGGUCGCAGACACUAGGGGCGGUCCGUGUGGAGAGUGUAACUGCUCUGCGUAGCGCUCCGCAGUGGUUGACCCAGACCACAGAACCCCGGCCAGGCUGCUCCUACCAGACCCUGGCCACCUCCAGACUGGAGCCCCCAGCCUCCCAGCCAGCUCCCCAGCCAGCUCCCCCUGUCACAGGGCUGACUCGCUUCCAGCAGUCCUUGAAGACUCCUUAUACCCUGACCCUGGCCAACCAGCCAGGCAGGCCUGACCUCAGGCACAUCGUUAUAGACGGCAGCAACGUGGCCAUGGCCCAUGGCCUCCACCGGUUUUUCUCCUGCCGAGGCAUCGCCAUCGCCGUGGAGGCCUUCUGGAGGCGGGGCCACCGAGAGAUCACGGUGUUUGUCCCCCAAUGGCGGCAGAAGAAGGACCGCUGCACCACAGAGCAACACUUCCUAAACCAGUUGGAGGACCUCAGACUACUGUCAUUCACCCCCUCCAGAGAGGUUUGUGGCCAGAGAAUCUCCUCCCAUGAUGACAGGUUCCUUCUGCACCUGGCAGAGAAGACGGGUGGGGUCAUCGUAACCAAUGACAACCUGCGGGACUUUGUCAACACCUCAGAGGCAUGGAGGAGGAUCAUCCAGGCAAGGCUGCUGCAGUUCACCUUUGUAGAAGACCUCUUCAUGAUCCCUGACGACCCCCUGGGCAAGCAUGGACCUCACCUGGAGGUCUUCCUACGCAAGGACAACAGGAGGAGUCCUGUGACACCCCCUCCUCAUCGACCAGACUUCCGGCCCGUCCCCCCGGUCUACGUCCAAGCCGUCCAGUCGUCCCCUCGUCCCCCAGCGACCCCCCAGCCACAACCUCCCUCCCACCACUCGGUCUCCUAUCCCCCGUCCACCCCCCAGCCUCGGGCCCACCCCCACUGGCCCCACUCCGGGCCCCCCGGCUGGCAUCCUCCUCGCUCGUCGUCCUCCCCACCGCCCCAGCGGUCGCCGGGGGAGACCAUGGAGCUCAAGAGGAAGCUGUACGACAUCUUCCCUGACCAGAAGCAACGCAUCGACAGGAUCCUAACAGACAACCCUUACAUGAGGGACUUGAACGCACUGUCGGGCCUGCUGCUGGGAUGAAGUGACACACACACACACACGGAUGGCUGUUAAUCGGCAAAAGAGACAAAGGAGAGGACAUUGCUUUAGAGUUUUCAAUGUUUUUGAUUAAAGACAAGAUAAGAGGCAUCAGUUCAAUGACUUUGUUUAGAAGGAAUCAUUAACUCUCUCAGAUCCUCCUUUAUCCUGGUCCCUACAGAUCAACACUAGUGUCAAUUGAACAUUAUCAGCCACAAGCACAAACUGCACUUCUCACAGGUCUCACUUUAUUUGGCAUAUUGACAAAAAAUAUAUAUUGCUUGACCUCGGAAGACCACAAGCUGUCCACAGGGCACAUUUGAUAUGCACUUGUUUUUUGAUGAAGAGAAUCCUUUCCCCUCCAAUUAGCUGUGCACAAAGUCUCUACAUUUUCUGAUUGAAAUGGCUGUUGCUAAUGGAAAUUCCCUUGGCUUUUUUGUUGUAUUAUAUUUACAGUUUUUAUUCAAUGGUUUGGUUUUUUGUAAAUACUGUGAACGUUUUUGGCCAUUGUUCAAAUAUGUUAUUUUUGGUGAACAAUCACAUCAGUCUGUUUGUUGUGCAUGAUGGAUAUACAUGACUUUGUUAUUA